AUGAAGGUCGUCCCCGUGCCCGUCCGCGACGACAACUACGCGUACCUCCUCAUCGACGAUGCGUCCAAUCAAGCGGCUGCAGUAGACCCCUACGACGUCCCCAAAGUCCAGCAAGCCGCCGAGAAGGCUGGUGUCCAGAUCAUCGCCGCCAUUACCACACACCACCACUUCGAUCACAGCGGUGGGAACAAGGCUGCAGCCUACCCAGAUGCUCCGAUCUACGGCGGCAGCGACAAGAUCCCGGCGCUGUCCAAGCUCGUCAAGGACAAGGAUGAAUUCAAAGUGGCCAGCAUCAACGUCCGGUGCCUCGCGACGCCCUGCCACACGCAGGACUCCAUCUGCUACCACGUCACCGACGCCGCGGGCACCCACCCCGGCGGCGUAUUCACGGGCGACACGCUCUUCGUCGCCGGCUGCGGCCGCUUCUUCGAGGGCACCGGCGCCGAGAUGCACGCCGCGCUCGCGAAGCUCGGCGCGCUCCCCGCCGCGACCGUCGUUUACGACGGGCACGAGUACACCAGGGGCAACCUCGCGUUCGCGAAGAGCGUCGACCCGGAGAACCCCGCCCUGCGCCGGCUCGACACGCUCAUCCAGAGCGGUGUCGUGCCCAGCGAGCGGACGACGAUCGGGGACGAGAGGGACUGGAACCCGUUCAUGCGGCUCGACACGCCGGCCAUCCAGCAAGCCACGGGGGGCGGUGAGGCCGCCCACGUCAUGGACGCGCUCAGGACGCUCAAGAAUAACUUCAAGGGGUGA